CUUUUCUGGCUAGUAAUUGUGUCAGGUAAAAAAGUUACUGGUUACUGGUGUUUCCCGUCCUUAGAAAUGCUCAUUUUUUACUCUGAUUGUUCAAAAUUGUUCAUUCACGGUUAUGAUAUCCAUUUCAAACAGUGUCAAAGAUAUUCUCCAUGUCAAGAUGAAUGAGUCUGUCAAUCAAAGCAAUGAAUCCGCAGGUUCAGAGGUUAUACCGAUAGAUAGUGAGAGCUACAUAAGUCUAGAGGGCAAAAAACCAAUUCGGAUAGAAAGGGACAGAGGGGGAGUCGAGGAAAAGCAGACUACGUCAGCAAAUAAGGCUAACAACCUACCUGCCCAACAGACACAGACACCAAGCUUUAAUGUCAACCUUGACCAAGCUACAAAGAUAAAAAGUCCAAAAAGAUUAACACACUUUGUUUUAAAGCCACCGCAGAGAGAGCUACAUGAAAAUGCUGAGCUCAGGCAGUAUCUCACUCCAACCAAAGGUACUUACUUCAGGGGUAAGCGCCAUACGCCAGAGGCUAAAAGUAAACCGAAAAAGUCAAACAACCCGAUUACAAAGCUGACUUCACCAAAGAAACAGCACAUUACAUCAGCAGCAAAGAAUUACUAUAAACAAUGCUUUAUGAAAGAAUGGUCAAAGACUGGAGUAUUCAUAAAUGAUGAAUUACAUAAACUUGUCCCUAUUACAAGGUCAAAUCCAUCAGAUAAUAUUCAGGGCAGUGGGUGCAUAGAUCGACCCCCAGAGGCAGAAAGCUUCGAGACACAAGAUGAGACAUCGCUAUCUGAUCACUUGAUGCAAAACAACCAGACUAGUAUCAGUGAUUUUCAGAUGUCCAAGUUCAGUAAAAGGGACCAGUCAUAUGAGGGUCAUUUUCAAGAUGCGCCACUUAAUUUGUCCCUGAAGCCCAUGGAUUUGUCUUGGCGUCCAUCAAUAAACUCUACUGUUGAAUCAAUGGAACCAAGAUUUUACAACAAUGCUAAUGUUAGCCCAUUCAGAAUGGGAGACCAGAGAUCAGAGAAUAAUUCAGCAACUUGUCAACAUGAUCAGAGUAUGGAGGUUCAGGAAAUUGAAUCUGAAAAUCCCCCUAGACCCAAUUCUAUUUCUUCAGAAAUGGGUCAACUUGACAUCAAUGUUGAAGACCACUUUUCCAAAGAGCCAAACAGUGAACAAGACAAGAAAGUGGCUACCAUUACAGGCCAAAAACCUGUGCUUUUUCAUCGCAGCAACCUGCCCCCAGGAGCACUUGCUAUUAUGCAGGCUUUAGGGUUAUCACAGAAUUUUCAACCAGAUCAAAUGAUUCAGAUUCUCAGUCUUUUACAAAACCCUGAAAUUUGUGUGAGUUUGCUUGGCCAGGCUAAACAAAUUCAAAUGUUGUUUCUACAAACUCUUCUUAGAGCAAACAGCUCAAAAUCAGAAAGGGGGCCAUUGCCUAUUGUACAGUCAUCAGUCACACCUGUGAAUGAAGAAAUUCCAAACACCAAACACGAAAUGGUUGACUCCCAAUCCAUUCCUGCAGUUGUCUAUGAAAAUCCUGAUCGCUCAGAUGAUGUGAAAUCGGAAAUGAAAUUAGCUUCGGACAUGCCAUUAGCAUCACCAACUAUGCCGAUGUCAAAUCAGACUGUGGUUCCCAUACCAAGUCUUCCCGAUUUAAAUAAUCUUGGACUCACUGAAUCUUCGGGCAGUUUGAAAGAGACCAUAUUAGAUAAAAGCCAGAAAUUUUUGAAAGACUUUUUUAAAAAGAGAGAAAAGAAGGAUUGAUUUUUUUUUGUAAAUUGAAACUUUUGAUAGAUGUAUCUGACCAUCAGAUAUGUGACUUUUAGAUUUUAGUUGCCUGGUGGCCCAAGUUAUUUUGGUAUCAUUUGGAAGUGUUUUGUGUGCAGAAAAAGAAAUUGUUGCACUUUUACCGCAACAAUAUAAUGAAGAAGCUUUUUGGUCUUCAAAGAUUGCACAAUAUGUCAUUAACUCUGAUUUCAGUCACAAUAAAGAGCAAAUAUAUAAACUGGAAUAUCUUGUACUUUCUAUCAUUGAUUUUACAUAUUAGUAAUCAGUGAACAAUUACCUUUCAAAUGAUACCAAAUGGCAUUGGUCACCAGGCACCAAAAUUGAACAUACUAUAUCAAUAUGUGUGUUGCAUUGGACAAAUGUCUUUGACUAGAUGUAUAUACCAGUAUAUAUAUAUAUAUAUUUACAUGGACAGAAUGGAAUCAAUAUGUUUAUUGUACUUGCAAGUGAUUUCCUUUAAUUGGUGUUGUUUUUUUUCAAUGAUAGCUUGUUCUGAAAAAAACCCAAAACAAACAAAUCUUGAGCAAAAAGUAAAACAUUGGACAUGCCAUAUAUUUUUGCAUGCAUAUGAUGAAAUUAAUGGUCCAAUUGAUUAGAAUUUAUUUUACACGAGUUGAUAACCGAGAGAUAAAUGUCUGCUUUCAGUGCUCUAGUGUGUAGUAAUGGUUAUAUCUACAUUUCUUUACGGGGUUCUUCUUUUGUUUGCGCAUUUAUUUCUAUGGUUGUAAUAGAUUUAAAGCUUGUUUAACUUAAAUCAGUGCCAUGUUAUAAUAGAUAUUUUUAAUCUUUCUUUUAUAAAUAUCAAGAUUGUGCAGUACAUGUUUUUUUAUUGAAUAGUUGUUGUUUGGAGCGGGUCUGCAAACUUUAUUUUAUUGUUUAUUAUCAUGAUACAUGUACACAUAUUACAUCGUCUUUCAUCAUCAUUGUUAAAAAAGUUGAUUUUUUUUCAUUAAUGGAAUUGUUAGUAAAUAUUUUCAUACCGUAAUUGAAUAAUUUGUUAAUAUUU